CGAAGUGGUGAAAGCCUCUACGUACUGGCUAAUGAUUGGCACGCUUGACAGUGAUUGGCAGGGCUGCCAUGACAACCCUACAACGACAGCGAGAAGACCAAUAGAAAAGCGAAACAAAAUAUUUCAAUGCUACACUCACGGUGGAUUUAGGGGGAGAUAUUAAGAGCCUGGUGUCAUUAGGCGAUAGCUAUUGAAUCAUUCAAUCUGAAUUCGUCGUUCUUUUUUCCUUCGCAAAUUUCAUUCUCUCUCAGGUCAUUUCCAUGGUUUUCAGAUCGCCUUUAGAGCUUUAUCCCUCUCAUUUCUUCCUGCCAAACUUUGCUGAUCGCCCUUUGCUCUUGGCGAGCAGCGCGCCCAGCACCAGGUCUCCCGAAGACUUGUCAAUGUUUCAGCUACCGACCUUAAACUUCUCUCCAGAGCAAGUGGCGAGCGUCUGCGAGACGCUGGAGGAGACCGGGGACAUCGAGCGGCUUGGUCGCUUUCUGUGGUCGCUUCCAGUGGCACCAGGCGCUUGCGAGGCGAUCAACAAGCAUGAAUCCAUCCUACGUGCACGAGCUGUGGUUGCCUUCCACACAGGCAAUUUUCGUGAUCUCUUCCACAUUUUGGAGAACCACAAGUUUACCAAGGACUCGCAUGGCAAACUGCAGGCGAUGUGGCUAGAGGCUCACUAUCAGGAGGCCGAGAAACUGCGAGGGCGUCCCCUAGGACCGGUUGAUAAGUAUAGGGUGCGAAAGAAGUUUCCCCUGCCAAGAACCAUAUGGGACGGUGAGCAGAAAACGCAUUGUUUCAAAGAGCGGACACGGAGUCUCUUACGGGAGUGGUACCUUCAGGACCCCUACCCGAACCCUAGCAAGAAAAGGGAACUGGCACAAGCCACUGGACUCACUCCUACACAGGUCGGAAAUUGGUUUAAAAAUAGGAGGCAACGAGACAGGGCAGCGGCAGCGAAAAACAGGCUCCAGCACCAAGCAAUAGGGCAGAAUGGCAUGCGGUCCCUUUCAGAAUCCGGCUGCACCCCACGCAGUUCGGCGGAGUCGCCAUCAACAGCGGCUAGUCCAACUACCAGUGUCUCCAGUAUGACAGAGCGCGUCGACACGGGCACGUCAAUUCUUUCAGUAACAUCAAGUGACUCGGAAUGCGAUGUAUGAUACGCAAAAAGAGAAAUAUAUACAGGAAAUAUGGACCUGAAUAAACUUCAAGAAUUAUCGGGGAAGAUAAAAAAGGACAAUUCAUAUUAUUAUUAUAAAAAAGAAAAAAGAAAAGCAUAAAAGCACGUCUUUUUUUCAAGCGCUUUCAAUGGAACACACCCCACACCUUUCCCCACCCCAUCACUUGCAUGAUAUAUAUAAAUUAUCUAUAUAUAUAUUUCCUUUUCUUUU